CAGCCAAUACUAAUAGAUUAUCACCAUUUUCAUCUUUCACAUCACCUCUUGCUCCGGUUCCACAUACAGGAAAUCAACAAUUCCCUUAUGCAAGACCGCCUUUUCAAAACGGAGGUCACAAUACAUCAUUCCUUAGCCCAAACAUCGGUCCAGGUCCAGGUGGAAAUCCAACUGUAAAUGUACAAGGAAUGAAUCCACAAAUUCAACCAAAUCUACAUACUCAACCUAAUAUUUCUCCAAGGAUUUCUCCAAGAAUUCCUCCUCAAAAUGUUAAUCAAAAUAUGCCUACAAUCGUUAUACCAAAUGUCCCAUUAAAUGGUGUUUCAAAUGUUAAUCCAAACUCUGGUAUACAAAAUACACCAGGUUUCCAAAAUCAUCAUGUUAAUAACCAAACUCAUCCAAAUGCUGGUGGACGAAAUGCACCAGGUUUCCAAAAUCAUCAUGUUAAUAACCAAACUCCUCCAAAUGCUGGUGGACGAAAUGCACCAGGUUUCCAAAACCCACAUAUUAAUCUCCCAACUCCUCCAAAUUCUGGUGGACAAAAUUCAUCAGGUUUCCAACGCCAACAUUUUAAUAAUCAAAGUCCUACUUCGGCACCAAAUUCCGGUGUGCAAACGCCGCAGUCUUUAAGUUUAAAUUCUGGUGGUAAACAAGUUUCCUCUCCCGAUGGUAAUAGUGCCUCUUUUACUAGCGUUAUUGAGUGUCCGCAAAUACCGCAAUGUAAUGAUGUUAAAACAAGAUAUCAAAAAGAAUAUGGAACCGUUCUGGGUUAUGAGAAUACUAAGGAAUGUCACGCCGGCUAUCACGCUGGAUUUGGUGACGUUGAGGGAUUGCGUCAUCAUUUCACUCAUGGUGCAAAAGUUAACGGAGCCUCACGUUUCUUAAAUACAAGGGAACAUCUUGUAAUAAUCGCCGCAAGAUAUUGCAGUAGAAGUAAAUUGGUCGAAAUAUUUAAAGUUUUAAAAGAACAUAACGCGAAUUUCAAAUGUACUUCAAAUGUCAAUGGAAAAACAGCAUUACAUCAUUUAUAUGAAAACCCAUCUUUAACCAGAGAUCUCAGUGAUUCUAAAGGAUUACGAAAGUUUCAUAAACAUAUGAAAGAAGCAAUAGAGUUUUUAGUAGCCAAUGGAUGUAAUAUUAAUGCUAUGGACAAUAAGUUCGCACCAAUUGUUUUAAUGUUACUAAAAAAUGGGGCAGAUCCAACUGUUCCGUUAAAAACCACGGUACUACAACCAUAUAAUGCACCCAAUGCAUUGUAUUUAGCUGUAAAAAUUGGUUGGCCAAUUGAGGUUCUUGAGGCGUUAUUGAAUAAGGGAGCAAGAGGUGAUGUGAAAGAUGAAAAUG